AUGAGACGAAUGCGACGAUCAUGGUUCAGCUCCUGGUCUGGAAUAGUUCCGGUAGUAAUAUGCCUUUGGCUUGCUUUACUCGAUGUGGCCCAGUGCCAGGAAGAGCAAAGAGACGCCCGUGGGAAUCUCCAAUUCGACCCUGAUGCUGAUAACACGAAGGCUUGUUGGAUUCCACCGUACCAGAAUCCAAACAAUUAUUUUCAGCCCCGACAAGGUCUUUGUCACAACAGUCAAUUGGAUCUUGAUACCAUAUCCGAUGAGAGUCUCCAUGAACUGGCCGUUGCCUAUGCACCUGUGCUGUACUUUCACCCGUUGGAAAAGUAUACCAUGUCCAGUGUCAACUACACGCUGUCGAACCCUCAGGGAGGCCGCAUUUAUCGGAAAACAAAAGAAGAUGCAAAGCCCUACGUGGUAGACGACACUAUCAAUGCAACCUUCAUGAUGGAGACCAGCAGAGAUGAAGUGUGGGCGCUUAACCCCACCACGUUUUUCUUCGAGACUGAUCAUGGCUACGAGAUGUAUCGGUCUGGUCCCGACGAAAGAUUUGGAGACGGAUACGACCCCGGAACGGGACGUUCCAGAGCAGCUAUAUAUUACAAUGUCUAUGAUACCGGCAACCACACUUGGACCUUUAACUACUUCAUGUACUACCCUUACAACGGAGCCGGCAACAUGGGAGUUCUGGCGGCUUACGAGGGAAACGUUAACUUUACAAGAUUUACGCUCGCUCCUUAUGGCAUACACGAAGGUGACUGGGAGAGUAUCAAUGUCAUGGUCUGUGCACCCACACAAGACUUUGAUAAUCAUGAAGAUCGAUCCAGGAUAAGUCCUCCACUGGCUGUCAAAUAUCACCAGCAUGAAUGGAGUGACAUCAAUGACUGCACCAAAGGUCACUGCAAUUUCUACAAAGAUACCUAUCAUCCAGUUGGUUUUGUCGCCUACAAUUCACACGCAACCUACCCCAAAUCAACGGGAAACAUGAUCUACGAAAACAUUGAAGUUGGGUUUUUCUUUAGCAUGCAAGCAUUCGUAAUCGUGGACAGAACAAUUUACAAAAAGGAAGAUGGAACAUACAACUGGUUCUUCCCGGAGGUAUCCAGUUUGGAGCGGUUUCAAGAUCCAAAGACAUUGCAAUUGGACCCGUCCAAUUCAACUCGAGGGGAACUCGAACAGUACUAUUGGCAGGCUUACGGCGGACGAUGGGGUAACAGCAAAGAUGUCAGUGUAGAACCGCAACCACCACUCUGCUUGGCGCCCGACCAAUUGUCACACCAACCGUGUCCCACUGCCGAGGAAGAUCCGGUGUUCGACUUGGCCAUGCAAUUCAUGGCAGUGUCGCCACCCAAAUCUGAUUUCACGGCAGUGAUUCAAUCAGUCUCAAGUCAAGUCGUGGCUGCUUUCUCCUCCACUGGAAAGGCACCAAUAGGACCUGGCAGCAAAGGGUUCUGGGAGAGAUGGACACCACCUGUGAAUGCCCCAUUCUGGAAUGGUGUGACGAAUACCAGCAUCACUGCCAGAGAAUAUUGUGAACAAGUUCUGUUCAUUGACGAUACGUAUCGAGACGCCAUUAACGCAGCCAAAUACGAUCUCAGAAAGGAAAUCAUCGCUAUCAUUGCCUGUUCUUGCAUAAUCACUGCACUGAACCUCAUAAUCCCUCUUGGACUCAUGUGUGUACAAAGGCGGCAUCUCUAUCAGCCCAUCAUCACUGGCGAAGACGGCAUUCCCCAAGACCCCGACAAUCGACCCUUCGGCCAUUUCCACUUCAUGGCGGGGGCCAUUGUCUUCACGCUGUUCUUCUUUCUCAUGAUCACGGGAGGCAUUUUCUUUAUUGCGUCCUGUGGCAGUCUGUUUGAGACUCUGACAGAAUGGAUCCCAAACGUAAAUUGGUCAUGGGUACAAUGGGUCAUCGAAACAUUGGGUGCCGUUGUCAUAGUGGUAAACAGUAUUCUCCUAUUCUUUCUGUGGCUACAAGCGUUUGAGAUGCGCAAUAUGAUCAGAGGAACCUACAAUCAACUUGUACAAGCCAGGAAAACUGAAAGCUCCACACGAAUCUUCCGAGGUGAAAAGUAUUACGUGCCUUGGAGUCCUACGGUGGUGGAGGCGCUAUUUCGAAUCUGCUUUGCAUUACUCUUCUUGAGCUUGCUGCUAUCAUUGCUAUGUGUCAUUGUGGGCUUCUUGGCGGUAGGGAGCUCCUUUACUGUAUUCCACGUAUGUUCUACCGUCGCUGGAUCUCUUGACCAUUAUUGCUUAGACCUGGAUGUUCUUGGAAUCCCCAAAGUUACCUGUGGUCCAGACUUUCAGGAACUGUGCAAUGACUGGGCGAAAGUGGGCGGCAAGGAUAUGCUAUGGAGCUCUUUUUGUGCCUUUGUGAGCCAUUUCUACUUGGUAGCUGCCGCUGCGUACGCAUCACAACAGAGGCGAGCCAUUCCUGCCAUCUUGAGCCAGUACAACUUUCGCUCGGAAUCCCUAAAGAAAGAUGUACCACCUCCUGAACGGAGUACAUUCGUCGACAACGACAAAGGGUUGCCGCUGAGUUGCUCACAGAGGUCCGUGGUGCAGGUGUCAACGCUGCAUGUUGGCGAAGUACCGCUAGUCGCAACAUCCGAAGAUGACGACUGA